AUGUCCGCGGAACAUGAAGAUGAAAUAUUAGUAUUAAAAUCGAUAUUUAAUGACGAUUUUUUAUCGAUCGGUAAUCAAGGUGAUUCAUAUACAUUCGAGCUUAUUAUACGCUUUGAUUCUUUAUUGAAUAAAAUUCGUUUGAUUCAUGAAGAAUCUAACGCAUCAACUGAACUUUCUCAUUUACCACCGAUAGUUCUUCGCAUUACUACUAAACAAACAUAUCCUGAAGCUAAUUCACCUGUUUAUUGUAUUUUAUGUGAUUAUCUAACCGAUGAUCAAUUAUUAUUAUUAGCAAAUCAAAUGGAUGCUGUAUGGGAAUCCGGUGAAGUUAUUAUUUAUACAUGGAUUGAAUUAAUAAAAGAGUAUAUAUGUAAUUUAUCGAAUGAAUUUAUUCUUCGUUCUGCAAUAUCGUCUAUUGAUGAUCCACGAAUUUUAUCUAAUUAUGUUAAAAUUAGAUCUAAACGAAUUUAUGAACAAUUAAUUGAAUAUGAUCGAAUACAAAAUCAACUUAUAUUCGAACAAACACUUCAUAGUUGUCCAAUAUGUCUGCAAGAACAAUCUGGAAAAGAUUGUUUACAAUUUGAAAAAUGUCGUCAUUAUGCUUGUGUUUCAUGUUUAAAUUUUUAUGCAAAUGAAUAUCUAUCUAAUAGUCAACAAAACAAAGAAUUAACUUGUUAUGAUUGUAAUUCAUCUUUAUUUCUAUCUGAACUUCGUCGAAUGUUUUCGGAUGAUAAAUUAUUAUUAAAAUAUCAACAACGAUUAUUAGAACAAACAGUUGAUAUGGUAUGGUGUCCACGUUGUCAUCAUUCUAUUAUAUGUAUACCAUCAGAAAGUACAUCAGGAAAUCAUUUAUCCUUUGUAGAAUGUCAUUCUUGUCUAUAUACAUUCUGUCGACGUUGUCAAGAAACUUGGCAUCCACAAAUUCAAUGUCCAAAAGAAAAAUCACUUCAAGAGUUUAUGAAUACUCCUGCUGAGAAACAACCUCCACUAAAACCAAUUGAUAUUCAGAAAAUAUCAUUAGAAAUUGCAAAUAUUCAAAUGAUUGAACAUUGUUCAAAACCUUGUCCAUCAUGUGGUGUUCGAAUUGAAAAAAAUGGUGGUUGUCAACAUAUGAAUUGUCGUGCAUGUAAAAUACAUUUUUGUUGGACGUGUGGAUGGUAUGGAACAUAUUAUAGUGCGCAUCCAUGUGAACAAAAAGCUGAAAAAGCUCAAGCUGCACUUCCAUAUCUUUUAAGUGACAAAAUUGAAACCUUAACAAAUGAGAAUGAUGGACAACGCAUUCCAAAGGAUAUUAUAAAACGUAUACAAAAAUGUCCAAAAGAAAAUUGCCGUCAAAUUCACCUGAAAAUUGGAACAAAAAAUACGCUUAUUUGCGAAAAAUGUGAAACUAAUUUUUGUUUUUUAUGUGGAGAAGCUAUUUAUGGAAAAUUUCAUUUUUCUCAAUAUGGUUGCAAAGAAUUUAGUACGAUUUAG